AUGCAAGCGUGGCUUCAAGGGCUAAAUAUGGGCGGAGGCCAUAUGCGUGGGAAUUACGAUCAAACUUUUGUGGUCUAUGGAGCAGUAUUUCUUCCGAAUGCCACACAGACAAAAAUCACAGAAAUUAACUACGGUGGAAAAAUUCUUCUGCCAACUUCUGCACUCGAUUUAUUGCUUCGUUUGAAUAUUGAAUAUCCUAUGCUAUUCAAGCUCACCAACAUGCCUGCUCAGCGUGUUACUCACUGUGGAGUUCUAGAGUUUUCAGCUCCCGAGGGACAAGCUAUUCUUCCACAAUGGAUGAUGCAACAGUUAGGUCUUACUGAUGGAGAUACUGUUCGUGUCGAAUCUGCUACUGUUCCAAAAGCAACGUUUGCAAAGCUGAAGCCAAUGUCUCUGGAGUUCUUGAAUAUUACCAAUCCGAGAGCUUUUCUUGAAGUAGAGCUGCGAAAGUAUGCAUGUCUGACUAAGAAUGACCUCAUUCCGACAUCGUAUGCUGGACAAACAUUAGAAUUUCUUGUAGUCGAUGUUAAACCUGCCAAUUCUGUGUGCAUCAUCGAAUGCGAUGUGAAUCUCGAUUUCGAUGCUCCAGAAGGAUACGUAGAACAGCCGAGAUCAGUUGCUCCUUCAGUCAAUGUCAAACCGCCUGCACCACCUGCAUCAGCGUUCCUUGGAGCAGGGCAAGCUACUGCCGGCACUGGUUCAACAGCAACGACAACUUCAGUUUUUGGAGGAGCUGGUCGUCGUCUUGAUGGAAAGAAGAAACCAACUUCAUCGGUUUCGUUGUGUUCAGAAGGUACAACCGGAGCAAGUACAAGUGAUGCUGCGGCUGUAGCCAAUGAUUUGCCAGCCAUUCCACCUGUCGUUGUUAACGAGGAUUAUAAAGCAGGUCGUGUUUCAUUCAUUCGUUAUGAUUACAAACGUGUCGACGUACUCGAAAAGGAGCUCCGAGAACGAGAGGCGAAUCAAAAGUCGCAACCGUCGAAGUUGUUCCAAGGAAGCAACCGUACACUCCGAGGAGCUCGUUAA